AUGGAAAAACUGCUUGUCUGCCUGUUGGUUAUUGGAAUGGCAGUGAAGGCCCAGAUCUGUCCGAAGCGCUGUGUCUGUCAGAUACUAUCUCCCAACCUCGCCACACUUUGUGCCAAAAAAGGGCUGCUAUUUGUCCCGCCCAACAUCGACCGGCAUACGGUGGAGCUACGGCUAGCUGACAACUUUGUUACCAAUGUCAAAAGGAAAGACUUUGCCAACAUGACCAGACUGGUGGACCUUACCCUUUCGAGGAAUACUAUAAGUUAUAUAACACCCUAUGCGUUUGCAGACCUUGAGAACCUACGAGCAUUGCACCUCAACAGCAACCGCUUGACGCGGAUAGGCAAUGACACGUUUAGCGGCAUGUCCAAGUUACACCACUUGAUCCUGAACAACAACCAACUCACUCAGAUCCAUCAGGGAGCCUUCAAUGACCUGCUAGCCCUGGAGGAGCUGGAUUUGUCAUACAACAACCUGGAGACAAUUCCUUGGGAGGCCAUCCAGAAGAUGACCAGCCUCCACACUCUCAGCUUGGAUCACAAUAUGAUUGACUACAUUCCCGAAGGGACUUUCUCCCUCCUGCAGAAACUCAACCGUUUGGAUGUCACCUCCAACAAGCUCCAGAAGCUUCCACCAGACCCUCUUUUCCAGCGGGCUCAGGUGCUAGCCACUUCAGGUGUAUUGAACCCAUCCUCCUUUGCGCUUAGCUUUGGCGGGAACCCUCUGCACUGCAACUGUGAGCUGCUUUGGCUGCGGCGACUGAACCGAGAGGAUGACCUGGAGACUUGCGCCACACCUUCGCAGCUCUCUGGACGCUAUUUCUGGUCAAUCCCCGAGGAGGAAUUUCUCUGUGAGCCUCCCCUUAUCACUCGCCACUCUCAUGAGAUGAGGGUUCUGGAGGGACAACGGGUAGCUCUGAGGUGUAAAGCUAGAGGAGAUCCUGAGCCUGCCAUUCACUGGAUAUCCCCUGAAGGAAAGCUGGUGUCCAACUCGUCUCGUACGUUGGUUUACAACAACGGAACUCUAGACAUCCUGAUCAGCACAGUGAAGGAUACCGGAUCGUUCACGUGUAUCUCUUCCAACCCAGCUGGAGAAGCCCAUCAAACCGUGGAGCUGUUGAUCAUCAAGCUCCCCCACAUCUCAAACAGCACCAACAACAUUCAGGAGCCCGAUCCAGGCUCCUCGGAUAUAUCCACCUCUACAAGGGCUGGGGCCAAUGGCAGCAACCACACUGGAGAAACCAAGACCAGCCCUGACAAAAGGGUGGUGAUAGCUGAGGCCACUUCCUCUACUGCACUUAUCAAAUUCAACUUUCAAAGGAAUAUUCCUGGGAUACGCAUGUUUCAGAUACAGUACAACGGCACAUACGAUGACUCUCUUGUUUACAGAAUGAUUCCCCCGACAAGCAAAAGCUUCUUGGUGAAUAACUUGGCGGCCGGGACUCAGUACGACCUGUGUGUUUUAGCCAUCUACGACGACGUCAUCACGUCGCUGACGGCUACGCGGGUGGUGGGUUGUGUUCAGUUCACCACGGAAUCAGAGUACCUCCGCUGUCAUUUCAUGCAGAAUCAGCUUCUGGGCGGCACGAUGAUCAUCAUCAUUGGCGGCAUCAUCGUGGCCUCCGUUCUCGUCUUCAUCGUCAUCCUCAUGAUUCGGUACAAGGUUUGCAACAGCAACGACUCCGCCAAGGGCACCAUGGUUACCAACAUGCACUCUCAGACCAACGGGGCGCAGUCGCAGGGCUGUUCAGUCACGCCCUCCGUGUCCAAACAGGGCGGGUUGGGGUCAGAGGCGGGGGAGGGGGAUCAGAAGAGUGGCGCUCACCCGGCGGACACUCUGACGCACUCGUCCGAGACCUCCCUUCCGGAUUGUUCCACCGCUACCUCGCUGGUGAGCCAGAGUUGGACCACGCCCGGCUCAUCCGGGUCUUACAAGCCAAAGCGCAAGCCCGCGCCAAAACCUGCCACCGCCCCUUCUGCCACGCCCACCCCAGAACCCCAGAAGGUGGAGGUACUGCCCAAUGCAGAGACACAAAACACCAACCGCAACAACUCCACCUCUCUGCAGCAGCCCCCUGCACUGCCCGCCCCUCCGCUCCCCACCCGCUUCAAAGACACACCCGUCUUGAGGAGGGCACACCCCAGACCCUCCUCCUCCAAGUACCUGACGCUCCCUGUUGAAGGGGUGAAAUCAAAGCGGAGGUAUUCUCUGAACGAGGAACUAUCUAAACAUCACUGUUACAUAGGCUCACAGAAGUUUGGGAACAUGCGUUCUAAGCGGAGUCUAUCCAUGAAUGGAAUGCUACUCCAAAACGAAAACUCGGAUAUAGACAGCGGAAAAUCUACAUUUUCCAGUUCAGAGUGGAUUCUAGAAAGCACGGUGUGA